AUGUACACAACGGACCAAUUCAUGAACCCCGGGCCUGCUCCUCGCCCCCCUGCCGAACGUCCCAAGCUGAACAUCCCGACCGAUCCUUCCAGCACCGCUACGUCUUUUGGCCAAAUGAGUUUAAGCUCUCCCUCGACCCCUGGGUCGGGCAACCUGUCGCUCUUCCCCAACACCAGCAGUCCUGCUCUGUCGCACACAAAGACCAACCAGUCCGGUCAAGGGGGUGUGGCCAUCAUCAAGGAAGGCUAUGUGCGCUCAAAAGAGGACAAGUUCCUCGCCACGUGGAACCAACGUUAUCUCAUCCUGCGCGAAUUUCGUCUCGAAUUCCUAAAAAAUGAGACCGGCAAGAUCGUUCUCUCCAUCCCCCUUAACACCGUCACUGGCGUCUCCCGCUCCGAGGACGCCAAGAUGGCCUUUGAGGUCGUCCGCCUGGCUAAUCCCAAGGAUGCUACGUCCAAAACUGCGAUGCUUUCUCGCGAAGUCCCGACUAAGAGUAUCACCUGCGAAGUCAAGAGCGAUGAUGAAAUUUACGACUGGAUCGAUAAGAUUUACGAGCGCUGUCCCGGCAUGGGUGGCGUCAGCAAUCCCACCAACUUUAGCCAUCGUGUCCAUGUUGGCUUCGACCCUCAGACGGGUGCUUUCGUCGGCCUGCCACCAGAGUGGGAGAAGCUCUUAACGGCAUCGGCCAUCACCAAGGAAGACUACAAGAAAAACCCCCAGGCCGUUAUUGAGGUCCUCGAGUUCUACUCGGAUAUCAAAAUGCGCGAGCAGAACCCUCAGUACUUUUCCGGUUUGGCCUCUCCUCCGUCGCCUGCUGGCCAGCAACCGAAGCCCUACAGCAACAACUCGGUCGGCAGCUCCAUCGCCCCUCCCAGACCUCCCCCACCACCGCCCUCGCAACGCUUGGACACCGGAGCGUCUCCUUCCAGCAGUCAUCCCUCAAACUUCUCGUCUCAGAACGACCGUGCAUUUGAACACCAGCAACAGGCCGAUCGUGUCCGAGAGGCAACCGACCAGGAACGACGCCGUCUGGAAGAGGAAGCCCGUCGUGCUCGCGAUGACCAGGAGCGUCGUGACCAGGAGGCGUACAAUGCAUCCCUCCCCAAGACUCGCGUUCCGCUGGCCAAGCAGGAAAUUGGCGGUUAUGGUCCUUCAGAUCCCUCGAUGAAUGACCGCUACAAGCCAAGUCGUCCAGCACCACCGGCUCCAGGUUCGGCCAAUCGCCCUCCCGGCGGUCCGGGCCAACUGACUGCUCAGCGCCCGGCACCCCCCGCACCCAGCAGUGCCAAUGGCUAUGGCGCAUCGCGGACUCCCGGAUCGCGGCCAGAUGACCACCAGGCAUCUCCAAGCUCGCGUUAUCCGCCGCAUGACCCCUGGAACCAAGCCAAGGGCCCGCAGCAUGCUCAGGGACCUCCGCCGUCGAAACUUCCUGCCCCGGUUCAGCCUGUGAAGCCCUUGAACAUUGCAAACAAGCAAACUGCCAACAAGCCAGAUGGUAUCCGUCAAGCUGAAGCCGCCCUGACCAAGAAGGCGGAGCCCCGGAAGGAGGUUCGGAUGUCUGCCAUGACUGAAAAUGAAGUCAUGGACCGGUUACGAGCCGUGGUUUCCAAAGAUAACCCCAACGAGUCGUACAGCAAGCAACGGAAGAUUGGACAAGGUGCCUCAGGAUCGGUAUAUGUGGCCCGGGUCAAGGAGCAUGCCAUGUCACCUGUGGCACGCGAAUUGUACCGGCAGUAUGGUCCCCGUUGCCAGGUUGCCAUUAAGCAAAUGGACCUGCGGAGCCAGCCGCGGAAGGAGUUGAUUGUUAAUGAGAUCAUCGUCAUGAAGGAUAGCCAGCAUGCGAACAUUGUAAACUUCCUUGACUCCUUCCUGCAGGAACAGAGCAGUGAACUCUGGGUUGUUAUGGAAUUCAUGGAAGGUGGUGCUCUCACGGAUGUUAUCGACAAUAACCCCGUGAUUCAAGAAGACCAGAUUGCCACUAUUUGUGCAGAGACUUGCAGAGGAUUGGCCCACUUGCACAGUCAGAACAUCAUCCACCGUGAUAUCAAGAGUGACAACGUUCUCUUGGACCGCGCCGGUCAUGUUAAGAUCACUGACUUCGGUUUCUGUGCUAAACUGACCGAAUCCAAGAACAAGCGUGCCACGAUGGUGGGAACUCCUUACUGGAUGGCACCUGAAGUUGUCAAGCAAAAGGAAUACGGUCCCAAGGUCGACUGCUGGUCUCUCGGAAUUAUGGCCAUUGAAAUGAUCGAGUCUGAGCCCCCGUACCUGAACGAGGAACCCCUCAAGGCGCUGUAUCUCAUUGCCACCAAUGGCACUCCUCGUUUGAAGAAGCCGGAGAAGUUGAGCAAGGAGCUCAAAGCUUUCCUCAGUGUCUGUCUCUGCGUUGACGUUCGCAGCCGUGCCACUGCGGAUGAACUUCUGGCCCAUGAAUUCCUUAAGCAGGGUUGUAGUCUCGCGAGCCUGGCCGAACUACUCCGCUGGAAGAAGAACAGCGGUCAGUGA